ACACACGCUUCAGUUUUUUUUGCUCACGGGAAAUGUAGUACAAACCUCCGUUAUAAACAUCCAGUUGCCUUUUCCCUUUCAACUUCCGGAUUAGAGCUCCGCCAAUCAGAGCGCAGCGUGCUAAUCCUCUUCCGGGUAAAGCGAAAGUGAAAGUGUAGCGUCUUGUGGAGCACGUGCUAGGACAACCACCUCCUCCGAACCUUCACAUGCCCAUCGUCUCCGUCGAGUUGACUGGAGUUGGGUUCCCUUGAUUCUCUCCUCUUCAUUAUCUCCUGCCUCAGGACAGUCGGCUUAGAGUUUACCACCUGGGAGGCCGCAGCUAAAGCGGUUGUCAUUUUCCCUCACUGUACGCUGCACUCUUUGCUGGCUUGAAAAUGGGGCCUAGAGGACUCCUUUUUUGGCUUGCUCUGUGUCUGGUCUUGGUCAGGAUCUACAGCAUAAAUGUCCUUGAAACAAUGGAGGAUCUAAAAAAAAUAACAAACUUUGGUAAACAUUUUCCACAACAAGGCCUCGUGCUUCUGUGCUGGCUUCUCAGUCAAGGUAAAUUCGACCAAAAUGGAAAACUACGCCUCAAUUUCAAUCCAGCUGAAGAACGUUUUGGCAUUCAUGAGUAUAGAAAUGAAAAGCUUACCUUUCCUAGUCUGUCUAAUACAGAUUUUCUGUAUUUUACUUUGGGCAAUCUAAAAAUUCCAAACAACCAAUUGCCUAAUUAUAUUACUAAGAUAUUCUGUAACUCACGGGGUCAUCCCAAACGCAACGUUGACCGAGUUAUGAUUCAAAUUCAGAAGAAUGAUCCAACAGUAGUGGACAAAGUGUAUAUUACACAGCACUCUGAGAACAAGGGCAGUGAUUACGAUGAAGAUCUUACAUACCUGAUCAGCAAAGAGCUGCUCAAAAAAAUCCUAGAGUUAUGUCGACCUGAUGGGGAUAGCAGCAAUCAAAAACACAAUGAUUAUGAUCACCAAAAUGAUCACCAACGAUUUCAGCAAAUACAAUCCAUGUUCCAAAAAGCUCCAUAUCUCCACGAGUUUUUGUACCUGGCAGGUUAUAAUCCUCCUAACAAUGUCAAUCAACAUGGAAAGUAUAAUUGUCCAGCCAGGUACGAGCAUUCCGAGUUAGAAAACAUAAAACUCGAGCUGAGAUCCAAACUGAAUGGGCAGGCGAGGAUUGUGUGGGAAGGGAUCCCAGUUGAAAUGCUGAAAAAGGAGAUGAAAAUAGGCAUUUACAACGACGAAGAUGAAGACAACCCCUUGGUGGAGUACUCACUGAAUGGAAGGGCGUAUGGAGAAAUAGACACUCACUUGGCUCUAAAUCGUGGCCUUCAUCUCCGUCUUCUAAAACCCAUGACCAUUUUUGAAACUGUCUAUGAAAGCCCAGAGUUUGAUGACAGUGAAAUUGAGAAGGAUCACACAGUAGCUCGGGAAACUGUGGAGGAGUCACACCCAUUUUUGACUUUCAGCAAUUUAUUUUCACUGGUCAUCUCUCCUUUCAGCAAUUUAUUCUCACUGGUCUUCCUUAUUUUCAGCAGUGUGUUCUCACUGGUUUACUUUAUUGUCAUUAGUUUGUUCUCAUUGGUUUACUUUAUUGUCAGUAGUUUGCUCUCACUGGUUUACUUUAUUGUCAGUAGUUUGCUCUCACUGGUUUACUUUACUGUCAGUAGUUUGCUCUCACUGGUUUACAUCACUGUCAGUAAUUUCUUCUCACUGCUCUUCUUUAUUUGUCAAGAAAUUUUAUUUGCUUUGGGUAAAUUAAUCUCACUGGUCUUCUCUGUUUGCUGUAAUCUUGUCACGCUGCUGUUAACUGCAGUGUUAAUUGAAAUUGUUAGACGAGUGAUUAAUGAAGUGACUGACAACAGACCAAGGGCUGCACCUCCCAUUGUGGUAGUUUCGCAUGGUAGGCCAGGUUUCUGAGAUGAAUAUUUUUUCUGCAGUACUGGAUUUUUUUUUUCAUUAAAUUGAAAUGACCCAUUGAGAAAAUUUAAAGCAACAGUAAGUGAAGAGAUAGCAUUAUCAGUAGAAAAACUCUGACAACAUGAUUGUGUUGGGCUGCUGCAAAUCACCUUAAAGGUUCCUAAAAAUAAUUAAAAGUCAUUCUAAGCCUGGCUUAACUUGGACCCAGAAGCUAUAUGAUUAGAUUUUAGCUAGAUAGAUUGAAAUGCGUUCCAACAAAAAAUACUACUGAUUCAGGAUUGUACACACAACUGACAACUGUGAAUGAUGAGCUGCAUGGGCUAGAAAGAAAUCAGCCCCAGCCACGUUUCUCACUUCUUCAUACCAUUCUGUAUCUGUCUUACACUGGUGCUACUGGUGCGCUCAGGUUCCUCUUUAAGACAUGUGUUCAAAGCAAGUAAUCUGAUGCUGAUGCCAAAAAAGGAAGCCAUAUACUGAUGACAUGCUAGAACCAGCCACCACUGUGUGUAUUCACCUACUCAUAUCAUAGUCAUGGCAUAGUUGGAACACAGGGUUGUUGCAACUAUGAAGUGAUGCAGUUACCUCAGAUAUACAGUCAGGUCCAUAACUAUUUGGACAGUGACCCAAUUUUUAUAAUAUUGCCUCCUUUAUAUGAAGAAAUUAUAGCACAAUAGUAUUCAUGAUGUAAAAAAAAAAUGAUUAUGUAUUUUUAUAAGCACCUCACACUGGAAACAGUUUGUUGUUCUAUGAAUGCAUGCUUGUGCAAAUAUUGUUGGAUACGAAUGUGUGAUUGUAUUAAUAAAAAGUAUUAAAUCUUU